UUGCAGACUCCGCUUCAGUUGCAAUUGCAGUCAAUUUCGAUCUUCUUCUUCAGUUUCUGUUUGUUCCUUUCAUUUUGUUUUCUUGUUCGAAAUUAAGCUUCGAUGGAAUGGUGGGGAUUGAUUUUACCAAUCCUUGUAUAGAUUUAACAAACUGAUGAUUCUUUCAACCCCCUCCGCCGGCUUUCUUCCAAGCCGCUUGAGCACCCACCGUCCGCCGGAAUCACAACGAUCACAUCCUCAAAAUAUUUCCUAUAAAUUCGAUCAAAUUCUUCAUAAAAAACCUUCCGGAUCAUCCUUACCCCUCAAUGCACGACCAAAAUCGUGUGAGUGUUUCGAUUUGCAUCAAAAUCUGAUACCCUAUGGGGAUGCAUGGUCUUGGCAAAAGGAAAUCGUGAGAGAAAAAGUGGGAUUGAUCGAUGCGAACCAGGAUUGCCCAGAUACGUUAAUUGUUUUGCAGCAUCAUCCUGUGUACACAAUGGGCACUAACAGUACAGAAGAGUAUCUCAAUUUUGAUCUCAACGAUUCUCCAUUUCCCAUUUAUCGAACUGAGCGUGGAGGGGAGGUUACUUAUCAUGGCCCUGGUCAGCUAGUUAUGUACCCUAUUCUCAAUCUGCGAAAUCACAAGAUGGAUCUUCAUUGGUACCUCAGGGCACUUGAGGAGGUCGUUAUACGCGUUCUUUCCUCGACGUUUUCAAUCAAUGCUCAUCGAAUCGAUGGUUUAACAGGUGUCUGGGCAGGAAACCAGAAACUUGCAGCCAUUGGCAUUCGGGUAUCAAAAUGGAUAGCAUUUCAUGGACUGGCCCUCAAUGUUACCACUGAUCUAACUCCAUUUAAUUGGAUAGUUCCAUGUGGAAUACAAAACCGGAAGGUCGGAAACAUCAAAGAGUUGCUAAGAGAAGUUGAUUUACACACUGGAUUUCAGAAAGAUUCCCAGUUGAUAGAUAUCACUUUUGAAGCUCUAAUACAGGAAUUCUCUGAAGUUUUUCAACUUGAUAUAUAUCAUAAAACCAUCCCUUCUUUGGAGUUCUUGAAGCAAAUUCCCAACAGCCCCCCUGCGUCAUCUGGUGACCAUCGCCGGCGACUCCCAAGAAUCCACGAGAAGACAACCAUUAGUUUAUAGUAAUGUUGAUCCUCCCAAGCAAGAAAAGGACAGAAAAUAGAUUUUCAAAAUUACAUAGCGACGGCUCAAUCGUCUUCGACCAUUCAAUUCCCACACCCUCUCUCUAACUACAAGACCCCCACCCCCACCUCCAUCAUGAAUUCUCAAAUCCAUUUCCAUG